AUGCCCCGCGCGCCGCCGCCGCGGCCCGCCGGCGGCCGCCCCGCGCGAGGCACGACGGCGAGCCGGUUGUAUCCCAGCGGGAUCACUGGGGUCCUUCACCCCCUCCCCGUGCCCCCAGGCUCCAUCCUGCGCCGCUGGAAGAGGAACUGGUUCGUGCUGUACCUGGAUGGCAGCCUGGUUUACUACCACGAUGAGACGCAGCGGGACAUGGACGGCCGGAUCCACGUCAAGUUCAGCUGCCGGGACGUCCGGAUCGGCCGGGAGUGCAAGGACGUGCAGCCUCCCGAGGGGAGGAGCCGGGAAUGCCUCCUGACCGUGGUGCUCCGGGACGGCUCCAAGACCACGCUGUGCGCCGAGAGCCAGGACGAUGCCAUUGCUUGGAAGAUGGCUGUGCUGGAGGCCAAAUCCACUCCGGUGCACGUGUACGACCCCUACGACGACGACUAUUACCAGACGGUGCCGCUGGACUCGCACCAGACCGCCUACAUCAGCUCGGGCCACUACGGCCCCCAGUACGGAGGUCCCGGGGUGACGCACGUGAUCGUGCGGGAGGAUCCGUACCGCGUGUCCGGGGACCAGAUGGCGCUGGGGCUGCUGGCGGGGGCGGCCACCGGCGCCGCCCUGGGCUCCUUCAUGUGGAUGCCCUGCUGGUUUUAGGAGCACCCUCCCCUCCUGCCCCCAAGCUGGGUCGCAGCCCCACCCCCUCAGCCCAGUUUAACUCACCCCUGGCUUGGAACCUGCCCUGAGCACGCCCCCCGAAAACGCUGGGGGGCAGAGACCCCACGCCCGCCCUCCCGCCAGCCCCAGCUUCUGCAUUAAAUAACGCCCCCCCCGUGCUUCAGAGCCCCCCUGAAACCCACCCCAGAACUCCACAGCAUCCCAUUCCCAGCGGGAAAGGGCCUGGGAGCUGCUGGGGCUGCCGGCAGAGGGGGGGGUGCAGUUCCUCCCCCCAAAUGUCCACAGGGAGCUGGCUGCACAAAUACCUGGAUUUGGGAGCAAGCAGGGGGGAGUUAAUCUGGGGGAAGUGGCUGGAUUGUUUUUGGCUGGGUGAACUCCAUGAAGGGGCUUUUUAGGGGCUUUUUUCUUGGGAGAGGCUCCAGCAGUGGAGCACACCAAGGGGCAGCCAAGGGGAUGCUCAAGAGAGGGUUGAAAGAUGAAGGAGGAUGAAAACCUUUGCAGGAUUUCCCCCCCUUUCCAGCCCCACACCGGGUCCCCUGGGCCCGGCCAAGCUGGAGAAACGGUGCAAAACCCCCAGGAACUGGCGUUAAACCCCUGGGAACUGAGCUGGGAAGAGCCCAGGGAAUAUCCCAGCCAAGUGGGAGGGGCACGCAGCACCCUGAUUUUUGGGAGGGGGAGAAGGGCAGCUUUCCCUGGGGGACCAGGGAUCCUUUCUGGCAGCCAAGCCGGGAACUUCACAGCAGGGAUUUGGGAUGGAGGGGACACACAUGGUCAGGCCUGGGGACAAGCAGCAGCCCCUGGGUUUUUUUGGGCAGCACAGGGAAUGGCAAAGGAAGGGGAUGAGGAGCAGCUGCUGAGCCUCACCCUCACAGCCAAGGUUUUAUCCCAGAGGCAGCACUGACAUGAAACAAAUGUAGGAAUUACAAACAGACCCCACAGCUGGAUAAAGAAGCACCAGUGACACCAGCACCCAGCUCUGCCAGCAAAGCCCUGGAUCAGCUCAUCCCUGCACCCAGGGGGUUUGGGAUACCCCCCCCCCCCACACACACACACAUCCUCAUCCUCUCCUGCCUUCCCUGCCUCCCUCUUGCUGCAUCCGCUCCCGGGAAGGGAAUAAAAACACAGCCCCCCUCUGCGGUCUAAUAAAGGCAGCGAAAAACCA